UCUCUUGCCUCUGUCAUCCAGACAGUUUCCCCACACCACACUCAGUCUUCACACACAGAGCCAAGAGAUCUCCAAAACGGAGAGGUUUCCUUCGUAACAAGAUGGACAGAAAGAGACCGAGUCGUGACGAGAGAGAGAAGGGCAAAGGAAGAGCGUGUGCACUGAAACAAGUCCAGCUGAAAGUGUCUGAUCUGGGUCUGGGCUACCGGAGUCAGGAGGAGCUGAUUUUCAGUUACUGCAGCGGCGUGUGUAUGAACUCCCUCACAAACUAUGACAAAAUCCUCACCGGCCUCGCCAGCAACGGCAAAAACAUUCUGCACAGCUCUCCUCCCACCGCCUGCUGCCGACCUGUCGAAUACGACGACGACCUGUCCUUUCUGGAUGACAACCUCAUAUACCACACCAUGAAGAGGCACUCGGCACGGAAAUGUGGCUGUGUCUAAGAAACCGUGCCAGACA